CUUCCAAAGGCUCAGCAACACCUGCAGCCUCCAAUGGGAGUACAAGCAGUGCCAGGGUUACAACCACGCCGAGGAAAAGAGCCUCUCCGUUCAGUUCUCUCCGGGGAAACAUUGCUUGCUUUCCUUCUACAUCCAGCUGACACACAAGGCUUUAGAGGGGAAUCAAGAGCCACGAUGGCAGCACCUGCAUCCAGAAAACAGGGAUUUAAAAAGUGUCGGAGUGCUACUUUCAGCAUAGAUGGCUUCAGCUUCACCAUAGUUGCCAAUGAAGCAGGAGAAAACAACCGGCAUCCACGGUCCCGCUUUUCACGUUCACAGUCCCAGAAUGCACUAUGCACUGCUGUCACUGCUGGCACCACCAGAGACAAAGGGAUUCUGAUUGAUCCACGCAGUGCUGAAGAGAUCCUGGCUGAUGAGCUUCCAAUCCCUGAUGCACCUGAUGCCAUGGAGAAGACGGCUAUCAGGUUGCGAUGUCUUGUAAAGCAGCUGGAGAUGGGGGAGGCAUCUGUGGUGGAACUGAAGAAAACCCUGGAGUAUGCUGCCUCAGUCCUUGAAUCUUUAUACAUUGAGGAAACAAGACGGGGGGUGGAUCCAGAGGAUGAGCUCAGUGAUAUCCAGUCGGACGCUGUUCCAUUGGAGGUUCGUGACUGGCUCGCCUCCACUUUUACCCGGCAGAGGGGCCUGAUGCUGCGCCGCAUUGAAGACAAGCCACGCUUCCGCAGCAUCGUCCAUGCAGUGCAGGCUGGCAUCUUUGUGGAGAGGAUGUACAGACGAACCUCCAAUGUGGCCGGUCUCACUUAUCCCUCAAAUGUCAUCACUGUGCUGAAGCAUGUGGACAUGUGGUCUUUUGAUGUCUUUGCACUGAAUGAUGCGAGUGGGGACCAUGCUUUGAGAUUUGUCUUCUAUGAGCUGCUCACCAGAUAUGACUUGAUCAGUCGUUUCAAGGUUCCUGUCUCUGCACUCUUAUCAUUUGUGGAUUCGUUGGAAGUGGGCUAUAGCAAACACAAGAACCCCUAUCACAACCUCACGCAUGCUGCUGAUGUCACACAGACCAUCCACUACUUGCUCCUCAAGACUGGCAUGGUGCACUGGCUAACUGAGUUGGAGAUCUUUGCCAUCAUUUUUGCAGCUGCCAUCCAUGACUUUGAGCAUACAGGGACCACCAAUAACUUCCAUAUUCAGACCAGAUCAGACACUGCCUUGCUGUACAAUGACCGAGCUGUGCUGGAGAACCACCAUGUCAGUGCUGCCUAUCGUCUUCUUCAGAGUGAUGGCGAAAUGAACAUCCUCACUAAUCUUUCCAAAGAUGACUGGAGGGAACUGCGAACUCUGGUAGUGGAGAUGGUGUUGGCCACUGACAUGUCCUGCCACUUCCAGCAAAUCAAAGCCAUGAAAAGCUUUUUGCAGCAGCCUGAGUCGAUUGACAAACCAAAGGCCCUAUCCCUGCUGCUGCACACUGCUGACAUCAGCCAUCCUGCCAAAUGCUGGGACCUCCAUCACCGCUGGACCACCUCCCUGCUGGAGGAGUUCUUCAGACAGGGUGAUAGAGAGGCAGAGCUGGGUCUACCUUUCUCUCCUCUCUGUGACCGCAAAUCAACCAUGGUGGCCCAGUCCCAAAUAGGAUUCAUUGACUUCAUCGUGGAGCCAACAUUCACUGUGUUGGCAGAAAUGAUUGAGAAGAUUGUAACACCACUUAUUGAGGAGGCGUCUUGUUUCGGACUGGCCAGCUUCAGACACUCCAGUAUCAACAGUAUUGGUGGCAGUGAUGGAGCACAUUCCAGUGUGAAGAAUACAGGAUCAGAAGGUAGCGGCUCUCUCACCACAGUGGACUUCAAGAACUUCAAGGGUACGUGGAGCCGAGAGAUCCAUCACAACAGAGAGGCAUGGAAGGCCCAGGCAGCCCGAGACCUGGAGAAAAAGGAGGUGGCAGGCGAGGAUGACCAGGAAGACAACAUGGCAAAAGAGGAAAAAGAGUCCACGAGUGCUGCUGACAGAGCCAACACUAGUCAGGAGAACAUGAAAGUAGAUGUGGAGAGUCAAAAGGAAGUGGAGAACAGGAGGCAGGAAGACAAACAGCAGCCGAACAAGGAGGAAGGAGACAGAAGUCCAGACUGUCAGUCUGAUUGCCCUCUGAUUCAGUACUGCAAGAAGCCCAGCUACUGUGCCAGCUAUUACCGGCUGGUCAAGUCAAAGGUCACCAACAUACGGCCUAUUGAUGCCAGGGCCAGAGCCAGGAGACUGCAGCACAUCUCCCUACGCUGCCGAAAGUAAUCUGUGUAACCUGUCUGUGUUUAUUCCUGCAUAUUGCAGCCCGGUGUCCAGUUGAUCUUAAGUCUAAUUUCCGUCCUGUAUAGGGUAUUGUAACUGUAUGCUCAUCUUUGCCCCUUAUUCAUUUUGUUGUAACAUUGUGAAAACAUGUCAUGUCUAAAUAUAGAAUUGUUCAUUUUAAUGUCAGAUUUAUACUGAACUGAAAUAUAAACUCAGAGGUAAACACAUGUACAGAAUAGUAUUAAAUUAUGUAUGUAAACAUGAAUGUAUAUACAGUACCAUCCAUAAUUAUUGGCACCCCUGGUUAAGAUGUGUUCUUUAGCUUCUAAUACUGUAAAUUCAGGUUUUUUUCUAAAUAAUAUAGGACCACAAUGAAAAAAACAGAAAAAUCCAACCUUUAAGUCAUGCGCAUUUAUUCAGUGGGGAAAAAAAUCACACAUUAAGAAAUAAUUCUUUUACAUCAAAUCAUGUGUGUCACAAUUAUUAGCACCCCUGAUGUCCAUACUUUGUACAACCCCCUUUUGCCAACAAAACUGCACCUAAUCUUCUAUAAUACAUUUUUCUGCAAUUUUCAGUGUGAGAGUAUGCUUCUGCAAUAAAAAUUGGAUUUAUUUUAAGACGUUCAACACAUCUUAACCAGGGGUGCCAAUAAUUAUGGAGGGCGAUAUAUACACACGUGGACAAAAUUGUUGGUACCCCUCAGUUAAAGAAGGAAAAACCCACAAUUCUCACUGAAAUCACUUGAAACUCACAAAAGUAACAAUAAAUAAAAAUUUAUUGAAAAUUAAAUAAUCAAAAUCAGCCAUCACUUUUGAAUUGUUGAUUAACAUAAUUAUUUAAAAAAAACAAACUAAUGAAAUAGGGCUGGACAAAAAUGAUGGUACCCAUAACUUAAU